AUGGACAUACCCAUCAACAGCAGAGACUUCCGCUGCCUGCAGCUGGCCUGUGUGGCCCUCAGCCUGGUGGCCGGCAGCAUCAUCAUUGGUGUCUCCGUGUCCAAAGCUGCAGCUGCCAUGGGUGGUAUCUUUAUUGGCGCCGCCAGUCUGGGGAGCCUGAGAAUCCAUCCCCAGCCAGGGCCAGACCAUGCGGAGGGAAUAUCCAGCACCAACAGCAAUAAAGAGGGAGCCCGCAGCAGCCUGUCCACUGUGAGCCGAACCCUGGAGAAGCUGAAACCAGGGAGCCGGGGGGCUGGCGAGGGCUGA